GUUUCUGUAUUGUUAUUUUCUGGUGGCUAGGUUGUGAUAUGUGAUUGCAAUGGAUGUUAAAUGUGAAGUUGGUUCUAGCGAUGGCAAUUGCUGUUACACAGAUUCUUCGUCAUCCAGUGAACUCAACGAGGAUAAUGAUCGUAGGGACCAAGGAGUUGAGAUAACUAAAGGGACUCUUAAUUCUAUUUUAGACGAUAAUUCACGUACGUUUGAAUUUCUAAGAAGUUUUGGUGUUCUUGCUGAUAAAUACAUAUGUGCUACAUGCCGAAAGCCAAUGUCCUGUACUAAGGUUCCACCAAAAAGAAGUAGGGAUCAGCUUAUGUGGCGAUGCCGAAAACACAACGUGUGGAGGUCCGUCCGCAAAGGGACAUGGUUUGAAAGUGCGAGGCUUACCAUUAGAGCUAUAGUUUUGAUGACGUACUGUUUCUGUAUGCGUAAGUCUGUGUUGUCGACAAGUCGCAUUGCAGGAUUGAGCGACAGAAGUGCCCUCGACUGGUUUCUGUCGUGUAGGGAAAUUUGUUCAGCGUUACUGAAGAGAAGAGGAAAGAUAGGGGGCCCAGGUGUUGUGGUUGAGAUGGACGAAUUGCCUUUUAGGCGUGUUAAAUAUGAUUUGGGGAAGUGGAUGGCAGAAGUCUGGGUUUGGGGAGCAGUCGUUUGUGGGAAAGAACAUGGGCAGUUGGUUUUGAAAAUGGUUGAGAAGAGAAAUGCGAGGACUUUGCAAAGUCUUCUCGAAGAACAUAUCGAAGACGGGACUGUUAUAUGUUCAGAUAAGUGGAAGAGUUAUGAGGAUGAAGGGGAAGUGGACCUUCAGACUUUUGCAGCUGAUCACAAUUAUCAGUUUCGCAAUAAAUUGAUUGGUACUAUGGAGCAACAUUGGGAGGGCAUACAGAGAGUUGUGGGGAGAGGGAAGAGAAGGCUCGGUAGUUUGCAGGGCCAUUUGGACGAAUAUGUUUGGAGGGAGAGUGUGUUUGGACAGGGGUGUGUGUUUCAUUCUUUCAUGCGAGGUGUGGGAACGCUUUACGUACCGUGUGUAGAGGACCCUACACCGGCACUGCAGGACUCUAGGCGUGUAGCAGAACACUCUAAGCCGGCAGCCGGAGUGAUAAUACCGGUAGCAGUGAAGAGAGAACCUUCGCUGUCAGCAACUGUUCUAUCCUCUCCAUUAGCAGCUGGAGAUGCGUCGCCAGCAGCAGUAAAGCGAGAGCCUUCACUGUCACCAGAUGAAUUCGACGACCUGACACCGGUAGCAGUAAAAGAAGAACCUUCGCUGUCAGCAGCAGGUCCAUCCUCACCAGUAGAAGCUGCAGUGAACGUUACACUGCAGCCAAAGGAGAGGCCUACGAGGCACAGGAAACGUUUGGUACGCGAGGAUUUUUGGUAUCCCACCUCGUUUCAGGACUUUUGUGAUGCGGAGUUAGAGGAUUAGGACAAGGUUUUGGUGUAAUGUUCCUUUAUUUUCGGUUCAUCUGCCAGGUGUGGCGUAUCUGGCAAAACACUUUAGAAAUGGUCAUUUUGAAACUUUGUCUGUAUGGAGGCAUUUUGUGUGAUGGCCCUUUGCUCAUUUGCACUGUCAGUUUAUCCUCGUGACAUUCGAGUGAAGACUGUUUGUAACUUUGUGGUCUGUGAACUUCACUUUUAACCGAAAGUGUAAGGAAGAUAGAAUGCCAGCUGUCAUAGCUGAUCAGGAAAUGAUGCAGCUUCCUCAUCGAGAUCUAGAUUUGAAACAGGUACGCCAUUUAU